GAAGCAGAAAACGAUCGCAAUCCUCUCUCUCGAGCAGUCACAACAGACUCCGUCAUCCCUCCCCCACCUGACGGCGGCCUCCAUGCAUGGCUCAAAGUCUUUGGUGGCUUCUUCAUAUACGUGAACAUCUGGUGAGUCUCCCACACUUCUCUCCACAACACCAUACUAAUCCUCCCAGGGGCUUUACACUGACCUAUGGCGCCUUCCAAGCCUACUACCGCAACACCCUCCUACGCAAUGAGACUCCCUCCGCCAUAUCCUGGAUCGGCACCGUUCAGGCCUGGCUGCUCAUUUUCAUCGGCGUCAUGUCCGGCCCCUUAUUCGAUCUAGGAUAUUUCCGCUCCAUGCUCAUCGUCGGCAACUUCCUCGUCGUCUUCGGCAUCAUGAUGCUUUCCCUCAGCACCACCUACUGGCAAGUCUUCCUCAGCCAGGGCCUUUGCAUGGGACUGGGUGCGGGUCUGCUGUACAUCCCCUCACUGGCGCUGGUGGGCGUGUGGUUCGAUAAGAAAAGAGCACUCGCGCUCGGCAUUGUCAUGAGCGGCAUCGCCGUCGGCGGCGUCAUCUACAUCAUCAUGUUCGACCGCCUCACCAAGUCCGCUGGCUUCCCCUGGGCAAUGCGCGCUAUCGGCUUCGUCGCGCUCGUCGCUGCAUGCUUGUCUAUCCCCGCGCUCCUCUCUGGCUCGAAGAUGCUCGCCACGAAGCGCAAGGCGAGAGCGCUGUUUGACAAAUCAGCGCUACAUGAGCGCUUGUUUCUCAUCUUCACGGCUUGCAGCUUCUUCACGUUCCUCGGGUACAUGGUGCCGUACUUCUACAUCCCGACGUACGCGCGCGAGCGCCUGGGCUCAUCGGACAGCUUGUCGCUGUACAUGCUUGUAUUUGCGAUUGCGGGGAGUUUCUUCGGGCGGCUGACGAGCGGCGUGAUUGCGCAUUUCGCGGGCGCAAUUGUGACGUGGAUUCUGUGUGUCUUUGCGAGUGGCGUGUUGGCGUUGUCAUGGAUCAGCAUCGAGAAGGAGAGCACGUUCAUUGCGUUUUCGAUUCUUUGGGGCUUCUUCUCCGCCGCCCUUGUCACCGUGCCAUCCGCUGCCUUCGCAAACAUCACGCCCGAUCUCUCGCGGCUGGGUACGCGUCUGGGUAUGUCGUGGAGCGUAUCGAGCAUUGCUUCGCUGAUUGGCGCACCCAUUGCUGGUGCCUUGCUGAAGAAGAAAGACGGGCGGACGGAUUUCAUCGGCGUGCAGGUGUGGUCUGCAGUGUGUUUGAUGCUGGGUACGAUGUGGUUGGUAGUGUUGUAUGUCGUCACUGUGCGCACGCAGAAGAAGGGGUGGAGAGUGUGA